UCCAUAAAUACCCCUCUAAACCCUCAUCACUCCUCCAAGAAACCACUUCUCUCUCUUCAAUCUCCACUAUGAGCCGCCGUCUCCGCCAUGAUCGGCUUCACCGCUUCCUCCGCCCCGGUGCUCUCGCGCGCCUCCGUGACUCGAGGAUCAGCGCCCGGUCUCCUAGAUCUAGCUCCAAAGCUCAGCUCCUUCUCCCUUGCCUUCCUCCUUCGUCUCCUUCGCCUUCUCCUGACCAGAUCGAUGGAUUUCCCUGCUUUUAUGUCAGGGUCUCUGGCCCUAGGCGUCCCCAGCGGAAGAGGCUCGCUGCUUCGAAGUCCAUCUUCUUUGUAGCUUCUUCCCCGACUAAUCCUUCUUCUCCGGAGCCUUCUGAUCAGGUGUUGGAUUUCAUUAGCGGUGCUGAUCUUCUUGUGGCUCGUUGAUUGAGUUUCCCUGUCGAUUUUGGAAUUCUUUUGUUGAGUAUUAGUGAAAUAUAGAUGGAGAUUGGGUCGAUCUGGGCUUAAUAAAUUUUCCCUUUUGGGGGUUUAGGGUUUUUGUUGUUA